AUGUGUUAUUGUGGCAGCUACUGUGGAGGCCUUGGCUAUGGCUAUGGAGGCCUAGGCUAUGGCUGUGGCUAUGGCUAUGGCUAUGGUUGUGGCUAUGGUGGCUAUGGUUAUGGCUGCUACCGCCCACUGUGCUGUGGAAGAUACUGGUCUUAUGGCUUCUACUGA